AUGGCCGCCACCGGUCGUACCCUUGACCACAAUCCACUGAAGCGUCUCAAGAUCGAGGACGAAAAAGAUCUCAUCAAAAACCUAAGUAUUGCUCAAGCCUUUAGCACCGAGUACUCCAACGACGACCUUUCAAAGGCCAUUGCCUUUCGCUAUCCAGACAAAUGCUCGACCAUCAGAGGAAGCGAUGUCCAAUCCAUCUUCAGCUACCUCGAAGCCAAUCCCAAAUGUAGUAGAGACUAUGCUCGGUUCAAAAGCAUGGCGGCACGAAACAAGUAUGGCAACGGCAUUCGAGAGGUCCAGGACGCCUUGAGAGAGUGGGACGUCGACAUCGAUAUGGCGAAGCGCAAAUAA